AUGAGCGCCAUUCGCUCCUCGUCAUCGGCCCUCCUCCUCCUCGGCGGUGUCGCAACGCUGCCCGGCGCCGCUACGGUCCGCAGCCGUUUCCCACCACGCGGCGGCUCCACAACCACGGCAACCGACGCAGAGCUGGGGUACAUGCAGCAGCCCCUAGGCCCGGCCAGCAGCAGCAGCAGCACCGUGCCCGCAUCCGCGUCUUCGUUCACGUCCGCCGCCCCAGGAAAGAGCACCCCGCGCGGCAGCACGGCCCCGUCGACGGGGCCUUUGUGGUGGCAGACGCAGGCUUUAUGACUGCCCGCAACGGCGGCCCAGGUCGUCACGAUGGCGACACUUCACACGCGGCCCCGCUGGAUGGACAAAGCCGAGGAGGCGGCCGCCCUCAGGUCCAAGUCUGCCGGCGAGAUGGUCGCCAUCAUGCUCGGCCGUAACCGGGGGGAAAAGUCCUCGUCGAUGCGACAAUGAAGGCCGUGGUCUCACUUUGUGAAAGAAUGAAUUCAAGCAAGGGAAAAGUUUGGUGACGUUCGUUCAACGGGGCUGGUCGGCGCCUGCCUGGGGCGACAAGAGACCAUUUCAUUUUUGGUUGUGACUCGGCAAAGGCCCGGAUUGUUUCUGUGUGCGGUCUUUGGAUGGUGUUGGGCGUAACGGUUUUAUGGCAAUUUCUAGAGCACGAUUAAAACGAAGGGGAAGAUUGCUAUUGAGAUGCAAUUGCCUGUCUGAUUGUGUUACUGUU